CGGCGAGGACAAGAGCAACGGGGGCAAGAUCCCCGCACCCGUCUUCGAUGGCACGAGCAAGACCAUGAAGAAGCACCGCCGAGAGGUCGCCACCUGGCAGAUCGGGACCGAGGUCAAGCCGCCCAAGCAGGGAGCGACCUUGCUGGCCAGCCUGAAGGGCAAGGCCGAGGAGGCGUGCGAGGAGCUCGACCUGGACGCCAUCAAGGGCGACGACUCGGUGGAGGUGUUCCUGGAGUACCUCGGGAAGCGCUUUCCCGAGAUCGAGGCGCUGGAGGCCCCAGCGCUGCUGGAGACCUUCGUGCGCCCUGCCUGCGUCCGGCACAAGUACGAGGAGAUCCGCGACUACAACAACCGCUUGAACGGAAUCGCCACCAAGCUGAAGGCCAAGGGCAUCCAGGUGCCCGACGAGGUCUUGGCGGACCUGUACAUCAAGGGGGCCCGCCUACCCCCGGAGCGCGCGGCGAGCGUGCUCAACGGUGUGGGCAACCAGUUCAACCCCACCAAGAUUCAGGAGCAGUUGAUGAUCAACUUGCCCAAGGUAUCGGUCGUGGACGGCAACAAGGACAGCCACGACAAAGGAGGCUACGGAGGUCACAAGAACAAGGACCACAAGCGGGCGUACGCCACGGAGACCUACGAGGAGGAUCGUAGGGCCGAGUUCGACGGCGCGUCCUCAGACAGCUCCGACGACUACGAGGACGAGCUGCCCGACGAGCUGCAGGACGCGAUCGACGAGGCGGAGGAGCAGGUUGCCUUCUUCACCAAGAAGAUGGUGCGCGCCAAGGACAAGCUGAAGGAGGCGAAGCAGGCACGCGGCUACUUCGCCAAGCGCGACGGCGGCAACCCGCCGAAGAGAGACGAUCCCAAGAUCGCCAAGAUGAAGGCAAGGACACACUGCGGCGCAUGUGGCCAGAAGGGCCAUUGGCGCGGUGACCCGCAGUGCUCGAAGAAGAACGACCCUAGCGCCAAGGAGCCUCACGUGGCGGAGAUGACGGUCGCGGCGGUCUACCAGCAGGACCAGCGGGCCGCAGCUCGCGACAGGAAGUACGGCGCGCUGCACAGCAUCGACGGGAUGCAGAUGCGCCAGGCCGCCGGGCUACCCGAAGAAGUUGCGGCAGCGGCGUUCUUCAUCAAUAAGGACCACCAGUGCCUGAUGGCCGCGACGAGCUCGGCGCUUAUCUACCUCAGCGUCGAGGACCUGCUGAAGGAGUCGGGGGGCAAGCUGACCUUCGACACGGCCUGCACGCGGUGCGUCGGCGGCCUAGACUGGUACAACGACAUCAAGAAGAGGCUGGCCGCCUUCAACAUCCAGCCCAUCGAGUACCCCGAGAAGGAGCCGUUCCGGUUCGGGGCGUCGAAGGUGGUGUUCAGCCUCAAGGCGGCGCUGAUCCCCUGUUCGGUGAACGGCAAGGCCUUCACCGUCCGCAUGAGCAUCGUGCGCAGCGCCGUGCCAGGACUGUUCAGCCGCAAGGCCCAGAGCGAGCUGGACACAGUCUACCACGCCGGAGACAACAAGCUGGACAUCAAGUCGAUCGACGAGCACGACAUCCAGAUGGGCCUGAGCCGCGCCGGACACCCGACGCUGGACAUCACAGGCUUCACGCCGAGCUACAAGCCCGUUUCGGACGUCUCGGAUACCAAGGCCGAGAUUCGUCUCCACCCUUGCGCUUCUUACCACGCUGAGACAGCUGUGGCCAGCGCCGCCAAGCCGGUGGUGCCCGAGGCUCGCCGCCAAGGGGUCGCCUCGGAGGCCGACGAGUCUCAGUCGGACACUGACUGCGACGCGCUCGAUAGCGCCGAACUGUUUGAGCAGCAGGUGCGCCAGGAGACGAGCCCGGGGAGCAGCAACCAUAACUUGCCGACGACGAGUGCUGCCCGUCUCCCGGCGAUAUCCAGCAUGCGGAUGCCGGAGCUGCAGGCCGAGGUGGCAAGCUACGACUUGGAUGUGCGCGACGCCACGUGCGACCAGCCCCGGGUGAUCUUGCGUGCGCUGAGGGCCGAGGACCGCGAGAGCACGCCGCAGGACGACUACGUCCCGGGGCCUGGCAAGAAGAACAAGGGGGAGCUCCAGCAGCUGUGCCAGGCAGCGCCUCAAGGGCUGAAGGUCGAGGACGCGGCCAGCAGUGCCUCGGCAACGGUGGCUCAUCCGAGCUCACAGAUCACCGGGGCCGACAAGAUGCGCUUCGGCAAGUACCCCACGGCGGACUACCGCUGGGUGCUCAAGAACGACCUGGGCUACGCGCAGUGGGCGGUCCUGGAGCUCAACAGCAACCGGGCAAGCCCGCUUCUGGCGCGGUUUGUCAGGUGGGUCAAGGCGCACGGAGUGCAGCCCCUUCCCCCGGAGAAGGCCAAGACCACCUUGGAGGCAGUGAUGGCCGAGGAGGUGGUGCUAGACGACGAGUGGGUGGCGCCAGCGGCGACGACCACGAGGGCCUCAGCAAGCCGGGGGAGCUGGGCCGGGCAUCGGCGCCAGCGUCCUCCGGAGCCGCACGAGAUGGACACCAGCGACAUGGGCUUCGAGAAGGCGGGCGAGACCGACAGGGAGGAUCACCCGCGGCGACCAGGCAUCAAGAAGGGCAAGCGCGUCGGCCUCCUCUACCAGGUCACGGGCUUGCUGAGCGCCUUCGCCUUUAAGACGGUGCUCACCGCGGACUGGCUGGCUAGACCUCUCAAGCCAGUGGUGCAGCAUGCUACCAGUGCUGCACGAGACGUGGUCGACCACGUCCAGAACUUCAAGGAGGCCUACAGCGUUCGCAGCCACCGCGUGGACGUCACGCAGGUGUUCGGAGGCGAAGGCGGCAUCACCGAGGCGGCGUGGAAGCGCCAGAUGACGGCCACAGAGGUGAUCGACCGCAAGUACGGAUGGGACUUACGCAAGCAGAAGGACCUCGACGCGACGUACGACCUGUACUACGCCUCGAGGCCGAAGUUCGUGUCAAUCGAACUACCCUGCACCCACUACACGAACAUCACGCACCUCAACUUUCGGACGCCGCAGGCCAAGCAGGCGUUCCGGCGGAUCUGGAGGGCGGAGCGGCCGUUCCUUUUAUUGGCCCGCGACCUCUUCAAGUACCAGCUCGACUCUGGUGACAUGGCCAUGAUCGAGAACCCGGCCACCAGCCGGCUAUGGACACAACGCGCGAUUUUGGAGCUACUGGCAGACGAGCGCGUGCACCAGGUGAGGUGCGACAUGUGCGAGUACAAAGCUCGACACUACAAGACGGGGGGACUCAUCAAGCACCCCGCGAAGCUGCUCGUUACCCACAAGGAGUUCGAGCAGCUGAAGCGCACCUGCAGCCACAAGCACCACGACCAGACCUUCGGGGACAACGUGGCGGUGCGCAUGUCUGGCGUUUAUCCUGCUAAGUUCUGCCGAGCGGUGGUGCGCAUCGUGGAGCAAGUUAUUGGCCAGCAAGGUGGGCAGCGCGCCUACCAAGUGGACUGCCAGUCGCACUCGUCGCCCUUCAUCGUGACAGUGCCCAGGGGGCAGGCCACCGCCUACGUGAACGACACCGCGCCCCUGGGAGAAACGGGCGAGCCUGAUGGGGGCCCAGACCCCAUGGGCGGCGGAGACGACUUCGCCGACACUCACGACGUGCGGGCCGAAGAUACUGUGGACGGCAGGAGACCAGCGCACCUCCACUUUGUGCAAGAUUUUGGAGACGACGUCGGCUUCGACUGUUUCGAGCUCAAGGACGUCGACGGCAAGAGCUACUGGUACAUCAGCGUCGUCGACCUGGCUACCACCUUCCACGUCGCGACGCUGAUCGGUCGCCACACCAGCCAGGAGUUCGCCGCCGCGUUCGAGAGGUGCUGGGCCUCCUGGGCGGGCGUGCCAGACCGAGUCCACUUCGACAUGGAGAAGGGGUUCGGCGGCGCCCUCAGCGAGCUGUUCCAGUCAUUCAACACGAUUCAGCUGCCCAUCGCCGGUCAGGCACAUUGGCAGCUCGGUCGCGUGGAACGCCAGGGAGCUUGGUGGAAGGAGCUCGCGGCGAGGACGAUCGAGCACUCGUCGAUCAGGGGCGAGGACGAAAUGCGGACGCUGGCCAUCAUGGUCUCGGGCGCGAAGAACUCGCUGAGAAGGCGAGCAGGCUUCAGCCCCGCGCAGUGGGUGCUGGGACGCGACCCCAAGAUGCCCGGAGACCUAGUGGACGAUACGGCCAACUACAGCGCCCAUAGCCUCGCGGCCAACGACGAGAAGAUUCGCCGACGAUAUGCUAUUCGGACGGCGGCGCGCGAGUCGUUCAUGAGGAUGCAGAACGACGACCAGCUCCGGCGAGCUAUGUUGGCUCGCGCGCGCGCGGUGGCGACGCCCUUGUCAGUGGGCGAGAUGUGCUACGUCUUCCGCCAGGUCAAGAAGAAGGAGCAGCGGGAGCAGCACAACCGCAACGCCAAGAAGGGCAUCUGGCGGGGGCCGUGCGUAGUCAUCGGCCACCAAGGCGAGAACACCUGGGUCUCGCUAGGAGGGCACGCCAUGCUGGUGGCCCCGGAGCACAUCAAGGCACUCGCUCCGGACGACGUCUGGUUCCCGAACGGCAGGGGCGAGAUCGGUCAGGCCGUGGCCGAGCUCAACCGGGCUCGCGACUCGCUCGAACAGGAAGAGGCUCCGGUGGAGGACAUCCGCCCGGCGCCUGGCGAGCCCGAGGUCAAGCCAGACGAGAUGGAGCAGGCGUGGCGGGAAUUUAUCGACAACCCGGACGACAGCGACCUCAGGCUGAACGUCUCCGAGGAUCCGCCCCAGCAGGAGCAGAUCCAGGUGCUGCCCGCCGACGUACCGCAGCAAGCUGAAGAAGAGCGAACCUACGGCCCUGACGAGUUCCGACGACGUCGAGCUACCUUCGACGGAGGGGGCAGCGGCGACUUCGGCCCGGCCUUCAAGCGCCUCCAGACCGAGAGGGAGCACGCAGGCUCGGGCGCCCUGCCCGCAAGGGCAACUUCGCGCGACCGCGCGGCGGCGCCCGAUCAAGAGGCAGCAGCCGGACCCGGAGCAGAAGGAGCCCGCCAACGUUCGAGGUCGGCUCCAAGACAAGUACUGCAAACCUCCAUCGUGACCGAGAGGAUCAAGCGCAAGCAGGCCGACAAGGAGAUCCACUGGAGGGCCAUCAAGGACUCCGAUCAGGAGCUCUUCAGGGAAGCGGCCGCCAAGCAGUGGAGCGAGUGGCAGAAGUAUGGCUCUUGUCAGGUACUCUCCAUCGAGGAGUCCGAGGCGAUCAGGGGCAUGAUCAAGCCCAGCCUCAUCCUGCCCAGCCGGUUCGUGUACCGGGACAAGAACGCCCCGCUGCGGACCGACAAGCAUCCGCUGCCGGUCAAGGCGAAGGCCCGACUCUGCGUCGGGGGUCACAUGGACCCGCGCCUCGCCCAGGGCGACCUGCGGACGGACGCGCCCACGGUCACCCGCAACUCGACCAUGCUGUUCUUCACCAUCUGCCAGAGGUUCGACCUGGAGAUCUACGCGGCGGACGUGGAGGCGGCUUUCAUGCAAGGCGACGAGCAGCCCGACCAGCAGCUGUGCCUGGCCCAGCCUCGCGAAGGUCUGCCUGGGCCCAACCCGAAGCAAGUGAUCAAAAUCCUCAAGGGAGUUUUCGGGCUGGCGACGGCACCGAGACAGUGGUGGGCGAAACUCAAGAGGACGUUGCUCGCGGUGGAGGAGAAGCUGAGCGACAACUACGUGAUUCGCCUACACCAGCACUCGCUGGACCCAGCGCUGUACUACGGCUACGACCAGCACGGGGAGCUUUGUGCGGUGGUGGUCGCCCACGUGGACGACUUGCUGCUGGGGAUCUCGCGCAAGUACCCGGGCCUCUACGACAGGCUUCACAAGCUGUUGCCCCGGGGCGACUGGCGAGGCUUGCCCUUUACCUUUUGCGGCAAGCAGGCCUGGCGAGAUCAAGAAAGAGUGCUACAUCUACGGCAGACCGAGUACGCGAACACCAUCGAGGAGAUUCCGCUCAGCAAGGAGCGCAAGACGGAACUGUCGUCAGAUGCUACGCCAGCUGAGUUCUCGGACAACCGCUCCGCGCUCGGAGCGCUCGGGUGGCUUUCAUCGCAGACUCGCCCCGACCUGGCAGCUGGAGUGGCCAUGGGGCAGCGAGCCCAGAACAAGCCCACCAUCCAGGACUUGCUCGAGACGAACAGGCUCAUCAAGCUGGCGCGGAAGCACGCGGACGUGGGCGCCAUCUCCAAGUUGCUCGCGAAGACCGUGGGAGGAACCAGUAAGGACAAGAAUAUCAAGAUUCGCUCGCAGGCCGGCUACGUGACUUUUCUCGCAGUCACAGAUUGCGCCAGCUUGUACGAUACGAUGCACAAAGACGGUUCUUCCAAGCUCCCGUCAGAGCG